GUCAAAACAAACAGCUCGAGGGUGGAUCAUAUUGGUUCACACUGUGUAGUUAAUAUAGAGGGUAAGAGGGCAGGUGAGUUGAGACAUGGAUGCUGAGUGGAAGCGUGUAGCAGUGUCCUUGUUCUGUGUUGCCGGUGUGAGUGUUUUCCUGCUGAAAUGGAGAGAACAUCAGACGGUGAAGAGGAAACUGCAGAGAGCCAGAGAGAAGAGAGAGAAAGAGCUGGGACAGGCAGAGAAAGCUGUCGGCUAUUUUAAGACUCAGAAUGCUGGUGUUGAUUUGAGCUCCAUCGUGACUCUCCCUCUAGCUGAGCUGAGUAAACGGAUCAGAGAUGGAUCUCUGCAGCCCGACGCUGUUCUCCACGCCUACAUGGAAAAAGCUCUGGAGGCGAACAGGAAACUGAACUGUAGCACCGCUGUCCUCACGGAGAGUCUGAAACAACUGGAGGACAUCGAGUCGCACAAAGACGGCCUACUGUACGGUAUUCCCAUCAGCAUCAAGGACAAUCUGGAUUAUGAGGGCUACGACUCUACCUGUGGCGUGUUGACUAAGUUGGAUGAUCCUGCCGUUAAGGACAGUGUGCUUGUCUCGGUACUGAAGAAGCAGGGUGCGAUCCCCUUCAUCAAAACCAACAUCCCACAGGGUCUCCUCAACUAUGAAUGUAGUAACCCCAUAUACGGGAGGACGGUGAACCCCUGCAACGUCGAGAAGACGUGCGGCGGCUCUUCAGGAGGCGAGGGUGCUCUGAUCGCUGGAGGAGGAUCUAUUCUGGGUCUGGGAAGCGACCUUGGAGGAAGUGUCCGCAUCCCGGCAGCCUUCUGUGGCAUCUGCGGCUUAAAACCCACAAACAACCGGAUAAGCUUGCAUGGACUGUCUUCGUGUGUAAAAGGUGGGAAGACAGCCCUGUCGUCCGUUGGUCCCAUGGCCCGUGAUGUUGAGAGUCUGGCUCUGUGUAUGAGAGCUUUACUCUGCCCAGACAUGUUCACUCUGGACCCUACGGUUCCUCCCAUACCGUUCAACCAGCAGGUGUACGAGAGCUCUGAGCCCCUGAGGAUUGGUUACUACGAGAGCGACGGGUACUUUCAGCCGUCUCCAAGCAUGAGCAGAGCUCUACUAGAGACCAAAGAGCUCCUGGAAAAAGCAGGACACACGCUAAUUCCAUUCAACCUUCCUCGCAUAUUCACCGCCUUCCAUGAGUUUGUUGUACGGGGAAACGUUGCAGAUGGAUGCGCCACACUUCUAAAGCACUUCGAGGAAGGCCCUGUCGAUCCGUGUAUGCAGCAUCAGGCCAUACACUGGGGUUUUCCCAAGUUCGUGAAGAAGAUGUUCUCUCUGCUCCUUCGACCUGUUUAUCCACGCAUGGCCGCAAUAGUACACGCCACCUGUGGAGUCAGCUCUCCUGCAGCUCUGUGGAAACAGCACCAAGAGGUCGAGGAUUAUAUCCGUGAGACGAUAGCUGAGUGGAGGAAGCUGGAGCUGGAUGUGCUGCUCUGCCCCAUGCUGGGACCGGCCUACAACUUCAACUACACCGGAAAACUAUUCACUGCUCUGAGUUGCACUGCGUUGUACAACGUGCUCAACUUCCCUGCUGGAGUCGUUACUGUCACUGAGGUCACGGCCGAGGACGAAGAUCAGCUGAAACACUACAGAGGAUACUUUGGAGAUGCCGGGGACAAGACCUUUGUCGAGGCUAUACGAGGCGGUGUGGGUCUGCCGAUAGCAGUGCAGUGUGUGGCUCUGCCCUGGCAGGAAGAGAUGUGUUUACGCCUAAUGAGAGAAGUGGAAAAGCUCUGUGCCGAGAACAAAUGCUCCAACACAAACCACUAAACACAUACACACACACACACUCCAGCCUAUAAUCUGAAGUUGAUCUGUAUCGCACUGAUUAAUAGUUCAAAAGGAUGUCGCGUAGUGAAAACAGUUAAAUCACUUUCUUCCUCGGCACAGGGUUCUCAAUCUCAUCACUGUACUUAAGAUUCAGACCCGUGUAUAGGCGCGGCCUAAGGUUUGAAGGCAGAGUUGUCUGUUAGUGAUUCAGUUGAUAAUAAAAUUAUGAUUUGAAUUGUA